GGCAACAGUAGUCGUUCACGCGCUCGCGUGAGGGUACGUGCGACCACCAUGUUCAUUCUCUCGACGAAGGCAAUGUACCGAGGCAGAAGACGAGUGGCUAGCAGGUGGAUAAUCAGGUCGAGUCUUCGGCCAAACUGGCCUAAGCGGAUUACUUCUCCGCUAAUCCUUCUGUUGACUACUAUUCUUGUGCUGACCUAUCUUGUAGCAAGGAACCAUAACCCUCGGAAACGUCUACUCGCCCGCUUCUACGCGGCGAGCAACGACACCGGCUUCAUGGACUUUGUUGUUCCAAACGUUAUCCACUAUGUGAGGAAUGGAGGAAACGUGACCUUUUGGGAAGCAGUAAGUCUACGGUCGGCCUACCUUAAUCAUGGUCCUGACCAGAUCGUGUUGCACUGCGAUCCCUGCAAGCUUGGAGGGCGUUACGCGGAAUGGAUCGAAGGCAUUCCUCUCCUUAGACGGUUGCACACCACAGAUUCGAAACUCCGUGAAGAUAUGGAGAGCGUGAGAACUAAGAUCGUCUCUCAAUUUGGCGGGAUUGCACUGGACGAUGACAUGUUCGUAAUAAGGUCCCUUCAUCGUUUUCGAAGAAUGGAGCUCUCGCUCGACAAUGCCAUGCUAGGCCAGGUGUUGAUUGGAAAUCAGCGUGCACGAUUGCUUCGGAUGCAAGGUCUUUACAGGCGUUCAAACACCAAACCAAAAUGGCUACAUUUAGUGUCCCAUCACCCUCACCUGGUGCACAGAAUUCGAAGUCGCUUCUAUGCCGUUAGCGACACCUGCCGUCUCUGGGGUCCGGACACUGGGUGGUUAUCGUGGCCAGCAGAUUUCACCGUGCCUUUGAAGGAGUCCGACCGAGAGCACUGCACACAAGACCCCCUGAGGAACACCACAAUAAGUGAGGCUACGGUACGCGACUACAACACCGUAGCAGGUCAAAUGGCUCGAUCUGUGUUGUUUGGCACGAUUGACCCCGUUGGGGAGGAGGCAUCCGUUCUCUCGCUGAGGAGGCUUCAGGAACUACGAGACGCCGACAGAACUAUCCUGCAGCCAAUAAGAAUGUAUAUCGAUUAAUUGGCACAAAAGUAAUGCGAACAUGAUUUUGAGAACAUUUAUAAGGAGCCAUUAUUCACUAAAGUAAUAGAUAUAUGUACGGAUGGGAUAUCUUUUCUGUAGCAGUCUCGAUCGUGUUGUUGGACUUGGCUGAAAUGAAAUGCUG